UGGCAGGAAAACCAGAUAAAGGUCGUAACUAUGUGUAUGUCAAUGUGCAUCUGGUAGUGGUACAUCUUCGAAACCAAGAAUCGCCUUUUUUUAUUUGUCACCUACUGGGCCCGUGCCGUCGUCAUUGUGCGGAACCAAAAGUAUUCGGCAUCGGCUUUCCAGUACGAUACAAGACGAGGCUCGAAUUUUUCAGCACACUCCUCCCGGCUGGAACAUCUAUCUAAAAGUAUUGCAACUGCAAGAUUUAUUCGGAUGAUGAAAGUAAGAACUACAACUACACGAUGGCAGCGACACAUGGCAGGCGUUUUCGCGUGUUGGCGCUCCGCUCAGGGAGUUCGUUUUUGUUUCUCGUAGUCUUGCACCGCCUUGUCAUCUUCAUGCUUCACGAAACGCUGCCCGCCGCUGCCACGGACAGAACAGCCAGGCUAGGGAACACUGAGGAAGAUGAUGCUGUGCGUCUGGUGGGUCAACAGGGAGGAGAUGAAGUGCAGCCGCAAGAGGACUUUGAUGCUGCCGAUCCAAGACCAACGGAGAGACCACCCGAUCCUGCAGAUGCAACUCGUCUUCAAGCACAUAGACAAGCUGCGCAGGAGAGGAACCGACGCGAUGUGGAAAAUAACAUCAACACGGACGACGAGGUGUCAAGAGCCAGUACAUCUC